AUGAGUGCUGCUGACAGGGGACCGGUGCCCGCGUCGGAAGCGACGACGGAUACUCGAAUGGUGAUACGCGACAUUGAAGUGGAGAACUUUAAGUCCUACGCCGGCAAGCACCGCAUUGGACCGUUUCACAAAACCUUCACGGCGGUCAUUGGUCCAAAUGGUUCAGGCAAGUCGAAUGUGAUUGAUGCCAUGCUGUUUGUGUUUGGCAAGAAUGCCAAGAAGAUCCGCCUAGAGAGGCUCUCGGAGCUUAUUCACAGCUCCGCCGCCCACCCAAGUCUGACGUAUGCGUCUGUGACGGUGCACUUUGUACGAGUUGUCGAGACGCCAGAGAACCAGGGUGACCCAGAAUACCGCCAGGAGGUGGCUGGAAGCCUUCUCUCCAUCAAGCGUGAGGUGUACAAGAGCGGCUCCUCACAGUACUUUAUUGACCGCGUGAAGACGACGCAGCGGGAGGUAGUGGAGAGUCUUAUUGCGGAGGGUGUGGACCUGGAGCACAACCGCUUCCUCAUUCUCCAGGGCGAGGUGGAGCAGAUUGCCCUUAUGAAGCCAAAGGCGGAGCGCGAGGGCGAAGAGGGUUUACUGGAGUACCUUGAUGACCUGAUCGGCACGAACAGCUUCUCGGCGAGGAUAUCAGAGGCGUCAAAGGUGGCCGAGGCGGCGCAGCUCUCUCGCCUGGAGGCGCUUGAUCGUGAGCGCAAGUUGCGGGCGGAGCGAGAGGCGUUAGACGACGCCAAGGACUCCGCCGUUGCUUUUGUUACUAAAGAUAAUCACCUGCAGAAGACACUGAUUGCCAUGUGUCAGCUUCGCAUGCAGACACUUGAGGAAAAACUCGCCGAGCCACGGCGACUUCUCACGGAGAUCGACGAACGCAUCACGUGCAUGAAGCAAGGUGUUGAGGCCCGGUCGCAGGAGAAGGUGAAGCUCGAUGAGGAUUUAUUGAAACGAAAAAAGGACCUUGCAGAGGCCACAAAGGAGCGGGAUGCGGUGCGCACAAAGAAGGAGGCGGCAGAUGCCGAGGUUGAGCGCAUCAGGUCUGGUGCCGAUGAGCAGACAAAGGCACGGAAGAAGGCCCAAGACCAACUGAGGCGAGUCAAGGAGGAGGCUCAGAAGGCUGAAUUGCAGCAGCAAGAUGCAGAUCGAGAGGUGGUCAUUCACCAGCAAAACUUUGAAGAGUCGAAGCAACGCGUGGAGAAGCUACAGAAGGAGUAUGAGAGCACAACCGAGGAACUUGCACCUGUCUUCAUGCCUCUUCGACAAGAACUUGAAAGACGGAAAGCUGCCUUUGCUCCCUACGAGAGAGCCGUCGUAGAGGCCACAGAACAACUUGAUACCGCACGCAGUCGGUUAGGUUCACUCGAUAACAGAGGAUUAAUGCUGCAAGAGCAGCUUACAAAGAUUGAGACUGCCACGGAGCGUAAUGAACGUCGUGCUGCAGAUGUGGAAAAGCUAUUGCAGGAUGCUAGCAAGGAUCGCUACAAGGAGGAGUUGCAGCGCCUCCAGGAAAUGCUAGCUGGUGCAGCUGAGCGAAAGCACAGUGUUAAUGGUGCCAUACAGGAGAUUAAGAAUACGUACCGUGAAGGGGAGGCGGAUGAUCGUGCGAUGGAGUUCCUUCUUGCACAGCGUUCUCUUAAAGGGUAUUAUGGCACCCUGCGUCAACUCGGUCGUAUCGCCGACGAAUACGACAUUGCCGCUGGUGUGGCGAGUAACGCGUGGGGGUUUCACGUUGUGGAGGAUCGGGAGACGGCCGCAGCGGCGUUGGAGCUUUUGCGCAAAAAUAACAUUGGUCGCGCCACCAUGAUGGUGUUGAAAGAAAUUGAACGCGAAAUUGGGGCCCGCAUGAAUGCUCCUUUUACUUCCCCAAGCCCGAAGGCCACGCGUCUGUUUGAGCAUAUUGUGCCAACAAAUGAGCGCUUCCGUGUGGCCUUUUACCAGGCUGUGCGAGACACGCUUCUCGUGCGGGAUCUUGGCGAGGCACGGGAGGUGGCGUUUGGGGGUCCACAGCGUUUUCGUGUGGUGACAGUGCGUGGUGAGUUGGCGGAGCCAGGUGGCUCCAUCACUGGCGGUGGGAGCACGCCGCGUGGGGCGAAGUUGAAGGCGGCCCGUUCACCGCAGGACAAGGAGGCGGCAAAGGUGGCACUGCAACGCCUCCAAAGCGAGUUGGUGGAAGCUGUGGAGGAGGAGCGCGUGGCACAGGAGCAGCUGCACAAGCUUCGGCAAAGCCACUCGCACCUCACCCCAGAGCAAAUUUCAAAGCUGCGCAUCGAGCUUGGCACGCUGCGAGCGACGCUGGAGUGCGACGCCAAGAAGCGUACCGCCUUGCUUCAAGAGAUGCAAGAGAACACCACCGGGAGUCAAAGCCAGCGGGAUGCCAUUCUUGAGGAGGUGGACGAGGCAGAGAAGAAUCUACAGGCUGCACAGAAGGCAAGGCUGAAGCACCACAGCGAUCUGGAGCGGAUUGAGCAGGAGGUUGACAAUGUCGGCGGUGCCGGCUACAAGGCACUCUGUGUGGAACUUAAGACACAACAAGAGCGUAUGGAGGCGGAGGAAAACGCCAUCCGACAGUGCCGCCGUUUGUCUCAGCGUCUUCGUGCAACUCAGCAGCGUAAACAAAGCGACAUUGCUGAAUUAGAGGAGGAACUAAAGCGGAUUAGCGAGGAGGCGGUUCAAGGAGCCUCAGGGGCGCUUGCUGCCGCCAUUGCGGCAUCCGAGGAAUGGAGCAAGCGGUACAACGGCGCAGAAGCAAAGUUUGCCAAAGCGCAGUCCGACGUGGAGCUGGUGAAAGCGGCGCUACCGGUCGCCCACAAGGCCCUCAUUGAAGCGCAGAAGCUGCUUGAUGACGAGGAGCGGUUUCGCCAGGUGGAGAUGGCAAAGAUGGCUGAUGCGCUGCAGGAGCUGGCGAAGUUUGAGCAGAAGAUUGACGGUUGUGAGGAAAAAAUGAGGGAAAACGCAGAGUUGUACGGCAUAGAGACACUACAGCUGAACUUAUCUGCAGAGGAAGAGCAGCAGGAGCAGGGAAAUGGGGGCGCUGGCGGAGGAGGAGGAGCAGCGGAGGAGCAUGAAGAAGAAGAAGAAGACGGGCCGGGUCACAGCAACAGAAAUAACAGGCGCAAUAACGACGAGUUGGUGGAACACGUGGAGGAGCGUCUCCCGUCUAGCAAACAACAGUCAAAUACGAUGGAGCUACGGAAUAUGUCCUUCCGUCUUUCACCUGAGGAGCUGGCGCGAUGCGACUAUGAGCAUUCGGUGCGCCUUGCGAAGUCGCUCAGUGAAGAGACGAAGCGCUUGCAUGGCGAGAUUGACUUCCGCGCCGUUGCGCUUUGGCGUGAACGCGACGCAGAGCACCGCAAGGGGAAAAUUUACUAUCUUAGCUGCAAGGAGGCAUCCGAUGCGGCGGAGCGAGAACUUCAAGAGUUGAAGGAGGAACGACGGGGUCGCUUUAUGCAGUGUUUUGUGCGAGUUCAGGAAAGACUGCGGAAGGUGUACCAACUAUUGACUCACGGCGGAGACGCCGACUUGGAGCUUGUCGAUGUGAAUGACCCGUUUGAGGGCAUCCACUUUGUUGUGCGUCCACCAAAAAAGUCGUGGAAACAGAUAUCUAACCUUUCUGGGGGGGAAAAGACACUCUCGAGCCUUGCUCUCAUCUUCGCUCUCCACGACAUCAAACCCACUCCCAUCUACGUCAUGGAUGAGAUUGACGCUGCACUAGACUUUCGCAAUGUCUCCAUUGUUGCGAAUUAUUUGCUUCGCCAGGCAAAUGGCGCGCAGUUCAUUAUCAUUUCUUUGCGCAACAACAUGUUUGAAAUGGCCCACCAGCUUGUCGGGGUCUGCAAGGUGAAGGACGUGACCCGGACGUUGGUGCUUAUGCCGCGGGGAUUUCAGCGGACUGUGGAGGCUGAGCUGCUGCGGCAACAGCGAAAGCGGACGGCGAGUGACAUGGACGGUGUGCCCAACAGCGGCAGGAGCAGCAGCGGCAACGAUGCGGAGGCUGAGGAAGCGAAUGUUGAGGUGGAGGGAGUAAGUGAUGAAAGGGAGAAUGCUACGGGUGCGGCGACUGCCGGAAGGCUAAUGGACGGAAAACCCUGUCGAUGA